CUCUCUCAAUCAUGAUUCAUGAAUGGUUUCAUCUUCAUCAUUCAAUGACAAACAAGUAAUCUUCUCUCCAUCUCUUUCUUUCUUCCACUCUCGCAUCCCAUCUCCCAACUAUAUAAUACCCAUCCCCUCACAAUUCUUACUCUUCGUUCCUCACCCUCCUCCCUUUCUUCUUCUUUAUUCGGUUCUUUCCAAGUUGACACUGUGCUGCGACUAACCUGCAAAGCUCGCACUCUCCAUCUCAAACAAAACUCAUUUCUACACCUCUAAAUCCUCCAAGCCACAAAAAUAUUCAAAAAGUCGAGAGGUAUAAGGUACUUGAAGAGAGCCAGAGAGGCAAGUGAAAUGCUUGAAACAGUAAAAUACCUCCUCGGUUCCGUCGGCGCAAGCGGCUUCGGCUCCAAGUCGACGGCCGAUCAGGUCACCGAAGUCUGUCCCGAUCUCCGCCCCAUCACCGCUAUCAUCACAGGUGCCACUUCAGGGAUCGGAGCUGAGACGGCACGGGUUUUAGCGAAACGUGGUGCCAGGCUUGUCCUCCCAGCUCGCAGCGUGAAAACUGCCGAGGAAGCCAAGGCCCGUAUCUUAACUGAGUUUCCCCAAUCCAACAUCCUUGUCAUGCCUCUCGAUCUCAGCUCUCUCUCUUCCGUUCGAAGUUUCGUUUCCGAGUUCGAGUCUCUCGAUCUGCCUCUCAAUCUCCUCAUAAACAACGCCGGGAGGUUCUCCCACGAGCAUGCAGUCACCGAAGACGGAAUCGAGAUGACAUUCGCUACUAAUUAUUUAGGUCAUUUUCUGUUAACGAAACUGCUACUGAAGAAGAUGAUUGAAACGGCGGAAGCUACAGGCAUUCAAGGCCGCAUAGUGAACGUAUCGUCGACCGUUCACAGCUGGUUUUCCGGUGAUCCGAUUCGUUAUCUCGAACUGAUCACCAGAAAAAAAAGUCACUACGAUGCGACACGUGCCUACGCUCUCUCGAAGCUCGCCAACGUUCUGCACACCAGAGAACUUGCACUCAGACUAAAGAAAAUGGGAGUGAACGUUACUGUAAAUUGCGUUCAUCCGGGGAUAGUAAGAACGAGGCUCACCAGAGAUCGGGAAGGCCUCAUUACAGAUCUGGUAUUCUUCCUGGCUUCGAAACUCUUGAAAACGAUUCCUCAGGCUGCUGCCACUACUUGCUACGUGGCCACUCAUCCAAGACUAAUAAGCGUUUCCGGCAAGUACUUUGUGGACUGUAACAAAGCUUCAACAUCAAAGCUGGGAUCGAACUCGCACGAAGCUGUACGGUUAUGGUCCGCCUCUGAAGUCAUGACCACCGCCGAGAUAUCAAAAACCAAAAUUUGAAGCAAUCAAUCGAUUCUGACUACAAGCCAGGAGGAACAGUGAGAGUGAAAUACUACUGUCAUCGAUCAGGACAAGAAAAAAGGGUGUAGUCUUUAGUUCUAAAGUUAAUUUCUAGAUUACAGGCUUACAGCGGAAGGGAAGAAUAUUAAAAAUACGAAUACAUGUACGUAGAGUAACGGCCUAACGGGGGUUUAGUCUUUAGAGUCUAUAACCAUACAGGAUAUGACGAAUAUUACUAGUCAACAUCUGGCAAGUCUUCAGCAUUGAGAUUGCCAUAAUGGUUAGUUAUAUUAAAAAAUAUAUAAGAAAUGAAAGGGUAACGUAAUAUGGGAUGAAUAUAUAUAGAUAGAUAGAUAUAUAAAAACUAGUUAGUUUUUUCUUCUUUUAUUUUUUCUUGUAAAUUUUGGUGAGUGUUUAUUGUACUAAUUGAUACAGAAGAUAAAUAUAUGCAAGAGGAACAUGAGGUUUA